UAGCUAGAAGAAACGUGGCACACAUGAUGUAAUGUGGACUUCAUAGGCGAGGAAUUUAAUGGAUUUGAUAACAAACUUUGAUUUUAGUGGACUAUAGGUUUUUGGAGGUCAUAACUUCAUAUACGCUUUACACAAAUCCCCGUUAUGCUUUGGAUUUAUCAGUGGAUUCUGUUUUUUUUUUUAACGAGUUAAUCAAAUUGGUGAUUUUUGCAUCUAAAUUGUCCAUGUUUCUUUCUUACGAUGGAGGACCCAACACACAUUCGUUUGAGACAAUGUCAAUUACGAAAUUUGUAAUAUUGAAAAAAAGGUUGUAUAGAUCUUAGUUGGUAGGCAUGAACUAUUUCUUUUGGACCGUUCAUCCACCCAAAACCCAUUACUCAACCCCCGGUUAGCACAAUGGUACGACCGAACCGAUCUCAUGCUUGAUGGUUCGAUAGACGAUGCAAGCAACCAUCGAACUACAACCCGUUAAAUGUUAAUCACAAUAAAUUCAUGUUCGAUGUAAGAAGCCAUUAGGCCCAUUACACCAUGUAGCCACAUGUUUGGGCCUGCGAUCAAUUAAACCCGAACCUUAGCUUCACGGAGUGGGCUUGGCAGCUAGUUCUGGGGUUGGAGUUUUUUUUAUUCAACCCGUAUUCGGGCCCAUUGACGGAAAUUGUUAAACGGACCUUUACAACACGCAUGAAACAGUGAAAAUAAAGGCUAAUCGUCAAAAGUCAGCAGGCAAAUUAUUUUGAUCCUUGUCCCAGCUGAGAUCGUGUAUAAGGGAAAGUUGUGGCGGGCUUGCUUUCUUUGUAUCCUACUUCCAUUAUGCGACAUUCCUGGCCUUCGGAGCUGUGGUUCUAGGUAGGGUUUUUACUGUGUUGAGAGCUGCCGCUGGAGGGUUUUCAUGGGUUGGGCCGUUGGGGGGAUUUUGAUGCGACAGGUUGAGUUGAUCGUGGGAAUUUUUAGCUGGUUGGAGCUCGGGGGUUGGGUUAAAUAAUGGGUUUGAAUUUUUCUUUUGGAUUGGGAUUGUUACCAGUUGGAAGCUUCGUUCUUUUAUGAUCUUGCUUAGGUUCUUGGUAGGGUUUAUUUGCUUCUGCAUUUUCGUUCAGUAGUUCCAAGCGACCAGAUUUGAAAUGCUGCGAGAAUCUAUGUGUGAUUUACUAUGGAUGGUAAAGGGCCAGGAGUUAAUUGUGAUUCUCCUAGGAUAGGAGGAAAUUUUUGGUCUUUGGUUGCUGAGAAAAUACUGAGCUCUAGUUGAACGAUUGAUGACUCUGUUCCUAAUUGGGUCCUUCAUUUCACAGGGGAUCUAAUGCCUGCCAUGGAACGAGAGAAGGAAAGCCGUGAAGGUCACAUAGUUGUUCAGAUACCCGAACAUGGCAAUGUUACUCCAUCAGUAUCCGCUGCUGCUAAUCCUUCAAAUGGUUUAGAGUCGAACCAUGAAUGUUCACCAACUGCCGAGGCGCCAUCUCAACCUUGCUCAUCGCCUGCUGCCCCAUCAACUGCUGCUGCACAUUCAUCAUCUUCACUCUCGUACUACAAACUCAUAGUCUCUAUCAAGCUAACAUACAAUGCUAUCCUGAUUAUCGCCUCCAUCGUUGUCUUCAUUGUGUCGAGGCAUGAAACUCCUUCCAACCCACUGUUUGCUUGGAUUGCCGGUUAUAUAAUCGGGUGUGCAGCUAGUGUUCCAGUGGCUUUCAGGCAUUGCUUCCUUCCCCAUCCUAGGCUCUGUAGACUGAUUGACCAAUUUAAGCUUGCACUGGAGCUGUUUUAUGCAUCGUGGUUCAUGGUUGGCAAUUACUGGGUCUUCACUGAAGAUGCAUCUAAUCAAGCUCCUGGAUUAUACAACCACUGUGUCGCACUCAUCGUUUGUAGCUACGUCAAGUAUGUAGGGCCUUUCGUUCUACAGGCCAUGGUAGUAUGUUGCUGCGGGGGUUUCCGGAGUCCGAUUGCAGGAGCCCCCACAGAAACCAUAGAGGCUCUCCCAAUCUACAAAUUUAAAUUGGGGAGUUCUUGUGGAGAACUUGACGGACGAGCUGAAACCCAUGAUGGCGGAGUUGUGGGAGCAGGAACUGAGAGUCAACGGAAUCUUUCAGGGGAUGAUGCUGCUUGUUGCAUUUGCUUGGCGAGUUAUCGAGAUGAUGACGAGCUGAAAGAGCUACCUUGUUCUCAUUUGUUCCAUGCGAGCUGUGUGGAUAUAUGGCUCAAGCUAAAGGCAUUUUGUCCACUCUGCAAAUGUAGGGUUAUUAAGCCCAUACCCGGUCCACCUUCAGGUCCAACUUCAUUUCAGUGAAAAUGCCAAGAGGCAUGAAUACAUGCCCUUAGAAUUGCACAUAUAUGAAUUCUUUGCUAACUUCUAUAGACUCACUCGGUGUAAUUUGUUAGUUAGGGGAACCAACGCAGACUGCUGAAGCAAGUUAGAGAUUCUGCAGUAAUCUAGGUUUGUUCCUUGUAGAUAGGGAAGUAGUUCUUCAUAAUGAUAUUUUGCUUAUCAAGGUAGGAGAAAAUGCACGGGAUUAUUUGGUAUUAUUUUGAGAGAUCAAAUGCAAAAAAGCUACGAUAUAUCA